ACCGGCCGCUCUGAUUGGUCAGAGGGCUUGUUGUCAAACCGAGAUGCACCGGAGGUAGAACAAACUGGAACCGCUACGCUAGCACGCAAGAUCUUCCCAUUGAUGCCUGUGGUGUACCUCAGCUGUGACGAUGUCUGAUAGUGAUGGCCCAGCACCUGAGCCCGCUGGACUGGAAGGUCUGCCCCCCCUGUACAGCAUUUUCAAAGGAGAGGUUGUUUCUGUGCAGACCUAUGGGGCCUUUGUCAGACUGUCUGGAUACAAAAAGGAAGGUCUGGUACAUGUGAGUGAGAUGUCGGCCUCUCGGGUUGAAAAUCCCUCCGAGAUUGUGGAUGUUGGGGAAAAGGUGUGGAUUAAAGUCAUUGGCAGAGAGAUUCAAGGGGACAAGGUGAAGCUGUCCUUCUCCAUGAAAGCUGUCAAUCAGGGAACAGGGCGGGACCUGGACCCGAACAACGUUAUGGCAGAGCAGGACUCAAGGCGACGUAAACAGUUUAGAGAUCACACGGGCAACAGAAUCACACUGGAGGCUGUUCUCAACACGACGUGCUCCAAGUGUGGAUGCAAAGGUCACUUCACAAAGGACUGUUUCUCAGCUCCAGGCUUGCAGUACUCUCUUUUGCCAGAAGAUGACGAUGGAGAGCCACAGCAGCAGACCUCCACAGUUGCAGCACAGCUCGAUUCAGACAAAAAGAAGAAAAAGAAAAAGGAGAAGAAAAUGAAAAAGAAGAGGAAGAGGGAGAGGAAGGAAUCUGAGAGCGACAGCAGCAGCAGUAGUGAGUGUAAAACCAAGAGGAGGCACCGUGACUCAGACAGAGACGACAAAAAGAAGAAGAAACACAAGAAGCAUAAAUCCCACAAACACAGCUGAGGCUGGCACACUUCUACAGUAACACACACACAGACACAAGAGAGGAAGUAGCUGGUCAGAGACGAGGUGGCAGACUUCCUGCUCUGUCUCUGUCAAUAACUGUAGAGAACUGUACUUUUAAGUUAUGAAUGUUUUAUGCCUCUUUAUUAAGAUAUUACACCAAGUUUAAAAAGUCAAAAAGAAGAAAGGUCAGUGCUGUAAAAAUCAGGUUAUCUGCUCCACUUGUCCUAAAGUAACCUCCAGCUCUCCCACAGAGGGACGGGCUUACACACCAUAUGUAACAGGAGAGGUGUAAGCAAUAUGACAGCAAGUGGCUAUCCCUCUCUGAAUCCACAUAUUAUUUCCAGAGAUCUGGUUUCUGACUCUGGGAAAUCCAUUAAGCUGACAUGAAGAGAGGGACUGUUAGAGGGGGUCUGGCAUAAAAACCUAUGGAGGGUGAAAGUGAAAGAAAAAAUAAUGAUGAAAGUGGAGGUGAUAAAAGACGUAAAUUUAAAAAUUAGGUAAAAAAUCAUGUAGUGAUUUGAUACAUUUGAGGUUGAUUUGAAGAAAUUGUUGCAAUUUGAUGAAAAUAGUGGCAAUAGUAUUUGUUUUUGUAUUAGGUGAUGAAAAUUUUUGUGAAGGGAAAUAAAAGCGAUAAUCCAGUAAUUAAGUAAUCACUUUUUAUCAUUUACAUGUCAUUGUUGUGACUUACACCUAGAAAAAAAAUUCAUAUUUCUGCUCAACUCUGGAAUUAAAUGUCUGAAACUUCACAGCAGCGAUGGAGAGGUUUUAAAGACUUUUUUAUUUUGAGGGGAUAAAUUGAUUUUGGUCAUUGUUAAUAUUUACCAUUGCAUGAAAUCUGACCCUGAAUUAGAAAUACGCUUCAUUGUUUUUGGAGUUGAGAAGCUCCAGGUGAAUUAUACCAAUCUAGUGACAAAUUAGUGAUGUUUUUACAAAUAGAAAACCAGAGAAAAACGCCCUCUGCCUGAGAUCUAGGCUUGCUUAAUUCACCUGGAUGUUUCUACUAUUAGAUAAAUUACUGAAAAAAUACACCUCCUGUCCAAUAUCCAGGAUGCUUUUGCCAGCUGCUGUGGUCCGUCCCUGUAGGUCAAGAGUGUCUCUGAUGGGCUUGCUGGCUCACUUUACCUGGCUAAGCCUGGAGCUUCUCAACUCUAGAAACGAUGGAGCAUAUUCCAAUUCAACAUCAAAUUUGGUGAAACUGUAAAUGUUAAAGCCCCUUUGAAGUGAAAUCCAAACUUUGUGUCUUUGUGGUGAAGUUGUUCCCCUCUUUCCUGGCUUGGUUUAAAUUGAGCAUUUGAAAAAUAAAUUUUCCAAAUCCAUCAGCCUCGGUGGCCUACAUGUCAUUUAAAGUAUCAUCACAGAGAGAUUUGUACCAGAAAACAGUAAAUUUAAUCCAUACUUCCAUCUCUGGCACAGAGCCAGGCAGCCGCACUCAGACCAGAGUUCACUACAAGGUCAGGGGGAAGGCUAAUUGCUGGAGUGCUUGUCUGUUUUUCACUUGAACCAGAUGCAGCAGGAACAAACAUCUUCUUGCUGAAGGUGUGUUUAAUCCCGUUUCACUUGUCUUUAGUUCUGGAUCAUUAAAAGAAGCAGACUGUGACUGAAAAUUAGAAGAGAAAAUGAAGCUGAGACUUUUUAGCUUUAAACUGUCAUGACAUAAAUGUGAUUGUUUCUCUGGUGGCUGGCACAGAGAGCUGACAGGUCCAGCAAAGCACACAAAUGUUUCCUCCAGUCAGGUUCACCCAUCAGAUUAGCGGGUGUGGCUUCAGCUCAUUCGGCCGACACGCCCACACCAACAUAGAGCAGAUAUUAUGGCCUCAUUUUUCAUCAUUUUCAAGCUUGAUUUUAUAAACUUAGAGAUCUUUUUCAUAACUGAAAUUUGGCCUAGUGGUUCAUAACAAAGUGGCCUGUCAUACAACAAAGAUGAAAUACAGAAUUUUUUAUCAGUUUACAGGGACUUUAAUAAUCACCAACAUCAAUUUCUGUCUUAAAAAUUCCCAGAAGUUAACUUAAGUGAUGAACAAGUACCCGAAAGUCUUUAGACACUCUCCAUCGCUGCUGUGAAGUUUCAGAUAUUUUUCGUCAUGAGCUCAGGAGCAGUUUGAUCUUUUUUCUAGGCGGAAUUCACAAAAAUUACAUGAUGAAAAUGUCAAGAAAUGAGUAUUUGAUUACUAGAUUAUCACUCCUAUUCAACCACAAACAUUUUCAUCACUUAAUAUUUAAAUUUACAUAUAUUUUUGAUGCUUAAUCCAUCAGUUCAUAUAUAUUUUAAUCAUUACUUUUUAUUUCUUCCACCCGUCAUGAAAACCCUGAAUGAAACACAGAAACAUACAGAUGAAUAUGCACACGUUUAAAGGAAGUGGAAGAACACUAACAGGACGUGUAUUACAGCACAAGUGAGCCUGACAGGAACUCAGAGUUUCAGUGAUAUCCUGAGGUUGUCUGUUCCUUGGUUGUUGUGCAUACAUGUGGUUUGUGUAUCUUGCCUCCUAGGGACUGCUCUCAGCACACAUAAGCAUCCGUCUUCCUGCAUGUCCACUGUUAGCUUCAUUAAAAGUGUUUUCAUUUG